AUGGAACUGAGCAAUGAUACAAAAAUUUCAGAGUUUCUUCUUCUUGGAUUUUCAGAGGAACCAGAACUGCAGCCCCUCAUAUUUGGGUUUUUCCUUUCCAUGUACCUGAUCACUGUGUUUGGAAACUUGCUCAUCAUCCUGGCUGUCAGCUCUGACUCCCACCUUCACACCCCCAUGUACUUCUUCCUAACCAAUCUGUCCUUUGUAGACAUCUGUUUCACCUCCACCACCAUGCCCAAGAUGCUCCAGAACAUGAGGACCCAGAGCAAGGUCAUUAGCUUUGCAGGUUGCAUCAGUCAGAUGUAUUUUUUCCUACUCUGUGCCUUGUUGGAUGAUUUUGUCUUGUCUGUAAUGGCUUAUGACCGCUUCGUGGCCAUCUGUCACCCUUUGCGCUACACAGUCAUCAUGAACCCCCAGCUCUGUGGACUGCUGGUUCUGGUGUCCUGGAUCAUCAGUGUUCUCAAUUCCAUGACACAGAGCUUAAUGGUGUUGCAGCUGUCCUUCUGUACAGACAUGGAAAUCCACCAUUUUUUCUGUGAGCUCAAUCAGAUAGUUGGGAAUGCCUGUUCUGACACUUUUCUUAAUGACAUGGUGAUGUAUCUUGCAAUUGUGCUGCUGGGGGGUGUCCCCCUGGCUGGUAUCAUGUACUCUUACUCUAAGAUAGUUUCCACCAUAUGUAGAAUAUCGUCAGCUCAGGGCAAGUAUAAAGCAUUUUCCACCUGUGCAUCUCACCUCUCAGUUGUCUCCUUAUUUUAUGGUACAAGCCUAGGAGUGUACCUUAGCUCUGCUGCUCCCCUAAACUCUCACUCUAGUGCAGUAGCCUCUGUGAUGUACACAGUGGUCACACCCAUGCUGAACCCUUUCAUCUACAGUCUGAGGAACAGAGACAUAAAGAGGGCUCUGAAAAGAAUCAUUGGGAUUCCAGUGAUGUAA